AAGAGGUUUUGCGUAUUUCGUUCUUGAAGAUUUUCGGGCCCAUUAGCCCGCUAGAACCAUGGCGAAGGCUGGCGGGCGCGUUGGGGUUGCGCUUGUGGGACUUGGGCGGGCUGGCAGUUUUCAUAUGACUUCCAUUGCGGGCAUCCCUGAUGAGGCGUGGUUGGCCUGGGUCGUGGACGUUGACGAAGCGAAGGCCAAAGGCGUCGCCGAACAAAAAGGAUGCAAAUGGGCCACUUCCUUAACCCCCGCGCUGGCAGACCCAGACGUGACCGUCGUGAUCAUAGCCUCGACGACGGACACGCACUUCCCCUUCAUUAUGCAGUCUCUUAACGCUGACAAGUCCAUUCUUACAGAAAAACCCAUCUCCCACGAGCUGAACGAGGUCGAAGAAGCUGUACGACUGGCAACAAGCAAAAAUCUGCCCCUGUUCUGUGGCUAUCAGCGGCGUUGUGACCACAAUUUCCGCACGUUGAAGAGGCAUGUGGACGAUGGCGCUGUGGGUGACCUGAAGGUUAUCAAGUGCUGCAGCCGGGACAACCCGGUGCCGCCUAUGGGGUACGGUGGCGGAUCUGCGCUCCAGCGGCGGCAUAUUUCACGAUAUGUUGAUCCAUGAUUUUGACAUGCUCAAUUGGCUCAGUGGCGGCCAGGAGCCGGAGUCUGUAAUGUCGGUGGGCCACGCCUACAAUGAGGAGAUCCAGAAUAUGAGGGACAUUGACACAGUCGCUGUGAUGCUGAAGUACCCGAGUGGCCUUCUCGCAAUGGUGGAUACGUGCCGCGACGCCGCGUACGGGUAUGACCAGCGCAUCGAGGCUUUCGGUGGCAAGGGAAUGCUGACGGCCAACAACGAGACCACGAGCACGGUGGAGUUGGCCACUGCGAAAGGCUACUUGACCCCGUGUGCGAAGUGGAGCUUCCCCCAGCGUUACAAGGAGGCGUACACCACUGAACUCAAUGAAUUUAUUGCAAUGGUCCGUGCAGGGCGCAGCAGCGAGCAGCACAAGCUCGAGCAAGUGGCGAUGUCGCGACACCCCAGCGUCGUACGCACCACCAUCGCAGCCGAGCUGUCCUGGAAACUUGGCCGCUCCGUGGACUUGAAGGACAUGGACCAGCUGCUGCCCCGGCUGCCGGGGACGGAGGGCGAGCCCGCAGGGAAGAGGCGGAGGACCGAGGGCGGCACCUCGCAGCUCGUCCUCGGCGCCUGAUGGCCCGCCGGCCGCGUGAAGGCGCGCGCGAGGCUCGGCUUGGCUGGCGCUUGCGCCACCUCGGUCGGUCGCCUGUGGCGCCCCCCGCUGUUCGGGGAACCGCGAGUGGACCUGGACCUCUCGGAGCCGUGGGCAGGCGUCUGCUCCUUCGGCCUCGGGGGUCGUGGACGGCCCCGGGGGCUGCCAGAGAGCGGCUCGCGAGACGGAACGUCGCCCCCUUCCCAGACCCCCGACACGUCACGGCGGUCUGGGGCCUGCGUGCGGCGCCCCGACUCGGGGGGUGGCAGCGGACCUCGCGCAUGCAUCAGGGGCCUUCCGCGGUGUGGUGGCCACACCGCGUGGUGAGUCGGUGGGGUUUCGGGAAUGGGCAGGGGAUCUCGGCAGGCAGUGUUGGGCUGUAGGGGCGUGGCGCCAUAGCGCAGGAGCCCUCAGCAGAAGUUUUUCUCGAAUUGUCUUUCGAUGCACUUGAAGUGCCGUUGGAAUGCUGAUAACCGCGUUUGAGUGGCCCCAGUAGCCUCUCUACAUACGACUGGGAAGCUGCACGAUCUACCAGGGGUCUGGGCCUUUCGUUAAUUUUUUACCACGGUGCACUUCGGCCGAACGUACAGUCUCCGGAGCCGCCACUCGCGCUCCGGGCAGUACGGCAGGACCCCCUCGGCGCUGCCGUGGCGCCGUUCGCAGGGACCGCCGCGCCGGCCGUGCCGUUCAUCAGUUCGCGGCGAUGCUUGCCGAGCUUCCGCCAGCGCAGCUGUGUUCAGCGGGCGUUCGGUGAGGACGAGCCUUACGGAGGCUCGUAAUGUUAUCUCCCUUUGCCAGCUCUCCGCCAGGGUUGCCCUGCGAUGCCUGGGCGAUCCGACGCGUGUAGGGCUCGGCUCACCAGUCAUCAAACCCCUUCGACGCUGCGCGCUGGAGGCAUAUCGUGCGCAUCCGUUCCCA